AUGAAGGUUUGUAGAGGAUUUCUUUACUUUGCAGUUAUGAUAGUUUGUUUAUCAGCAUUAACAGGAAUAUACUUAGGGAAACCAAAUAAAAUUGCUAGAGGUUUUGAUAGUGAUGGUAUAAAUUAAAUAAUUCAAACUACAAGCUUAUGCCUGUGGAGUUGAUCCAGGUUUAGAAGAUUAUCCAUAUGCUUAUUUUGUUAAUCCUACUCCAGAAUAUAAAUAUAGAAUUUUAUGUGUGAAACAAUGUCCAACAGUUGAUUCUUAACUUUUGGAUUGUGCUCCAAAUACAGAAAUACCUGAGUGCACUAAAUAAACUAAUGUGUUACACCCCGAAAAAAUGGUUAGUUAUUAUGAAUCAUUCAUAUAUAAAGGAAAUGUUUGUAUGCCUACAUCAUUGGAAUAUUAUGAUGGAGUUAAAGACUUUUCAUCUCCAGGUAUUAUUGGAAUGAUUAUCAAUGAUUUUAUGUAAACAUGGCAUAUAAUUGCACUUGUAAGUUGUUUUAUAAUAUUUGCUUGUUCAAUUUUAUUAGAAUAAUUAAAAGCUAACACAACUUAUGUAGUUUGGACAUUCUCUAUGUUUUCUUUAUUGAUUAUUGGGGCUAUAGGAAUUUAUUUCAUUUCAUAAUGGAAUUUUGCAAGAAAUUAUCAAACUGAAUAAGCCAUUAUUAAUAAUUUUAAAGUCAAUGAAGAAUACAUUUAUAAAAUGACUAAUUAACCUAAUCAAACUCUUAAUUUUGUUUUUGGAAUCAUUUUUGUUCUUACUUUUUUAUAUGGAAUGUAUUGGUUAUAUAAAAAUUCAGAUAGAGUGUAAGAUUUAGCUGAUAUUUUUGAAUAUGUUGAAAACUUUAUGAAAGAAAAUCCAUUUUUAUUACCUUUAAAUUAUGUAUUCUUAGGUUUCUUACUUUCAUUCAUAAUAUUAUUGUUGCUUACUUGUUUGUAAUUAAUUUAUUCUUAUUUUAGGUUUCUGGGUUCUACAUUCAAAUUGAAACAAGAUUCAAAUUUAGGUCCUUUUGAAAAAAUUGAAUUGAAUACAUUAAUUACAAUCUCUACAGGUUUAGUUUUUGUUUUUGUAAUAUGGAUAAUCCAAGUUAUUAAUGGUUCUUAUUAAUCUAUUAUCUUUUGCAAUUUUAAAAUAUGGAUUAAUAAUAUAAUUGCACGUCAAUAAUCUAAUAAUAUAGAUUCACUAGAAUUAGGUAUGUUAAUACUCUAUUGUUCUAAUGCUAUUAGAAAUCUAAAUUUAUAAAUUAUAAGUAAAAUCUCUUUUGCAUUAUUGUUUUCACCAAUAAAAUUAGUUUUAGAUUUUAUAAAAGAUACAUUUACUGACAUUUUUAAGAUUAGGUGUAACCCUUUCAAAUUUUUAUCAAGUAAUCUUUCUAACAAUAUUAAUAAGCUCUUGAAGAAGUUCUUUAUUAUGAAGUUGAUUUAAAUUAAGAUAAUAUAAGUCCUGCCAUUUUAAAGGUUAAAGAGCAUUUAUAAAUUAAUGAAGAUGGAGCAGCUUUAAAUACAUUUGAAAUUAUUAGAAACAUUAAUGAUUUCUUUUUAUUGAUAGUAAAAGUCUUUGCUUGUCUUAUUUGUGUAACACUCUUUUUAAUAAUUCUAUCUAUUAUCAACUUUGUUAAAUAAGAGAUUCCUUUACUUUAAUAAACUCUCUAGAUUAAUUUAUAUUAACCUUUAAUCCCUGCUUUCAUUGUUGGUCUUAUUGGGUAUUUUUUAUAUUUUAAUAUUUUAGAUACUAAAUUGCUUAAAUUUAUUUCUGUUAAUAUACAACAGUACAAUGUUUUGGAUAUGCUUAUAUUUCUGCUUGUACUUAAGUCUAGACCGAAUUUCAAUAACAUGUUCAAAAUUAUCAAGGACAACCAAAUCAAUAAUUUUAAGAUUAUUUAUAAUCUAGUAAUUAAGCUCUUUUCAGACAUUAAAGAUUGAAGAUAAAGUUUCCUGUAUUUAAAAAAUAUUAUCUUUUAGGAAUUAAAAGAAAUGAUAGAAAGAACUCUCCCAAAAUUGGAAGAACUCCUCAGAUAAUAGAAUAAUUGA